UUUUUUUUUUGGUUAAACCGACUACCUAGGACCAGCUCCCAGCUGCGAAGAAGUACUACGUCGCUCUCUCUCUCUCUCUGAGAUAUACGCAGAGCAUUUGAUUCGCCGAGAAUCCAAUUCCCAUUCCAUUUCCAUUUCAAUCAUAUCCAGCUGAAUAAAAGGAUAUAGCUUAGUUUGUUGAAACUUACAAGCAUUGGACUCAUAUCAGUUGUGAAAGACAACUCCAUUAGGGGAGGGAGAGUAUAUGUACUUCUAAGCUUGGAACUUUUCCUGGGGGAGGAGUGACACAAAAAAAUGGCUUUCAAGCCACUGGAUUGGUAUUGUCAGCCAGUGGCAAAUGGGGUGUGGGCAAGGACAGUGCAGAAUGCAUUUGGUGGAUAUACACCAUGUGCUGUUGACUCUCUAGUAAUCUGUGUUUCUCAUUUGGUUGUUCUGGGUCUUUGCUGCUAUCGGAUAUGGCUGAUCAAGAAGGAUUUCAAAGCCAAGAGGUUCUGCCUGAGGUCAAAGUUGUAUAACUAUGUGUUGGCUUUAUUGGCUGCUUAUUGUACUGCCGAGCCUUUGUUUAGAUUAAUCAUGGGAAUUUCAGUCUUCAAUUUAGAUGGGCAGGCUGGUCUUGCUCCAUUUGAGACUGUUUCUCUGCUCAUUAAGGCUCUUGCUUGGUGUACAAUGCUGGUAUUGAUUGGUGUAGAAACUAAAGUAUACAUCUAUGAUUUUCGAUGGUUUGUCAGAUUUGGAGUCAUUUAUGCUUUAGUUGGUGAUGCUGUGAUGUUCAAUCUUGUUCUUUCCAUGAAGGGCUUCUAUGAUAGCUCUGUACUGUAUUUGUACAUCAGUGAGGUUGUUGUCCAGGUUUUGUUUGGAAUACUUUUACUUGUAUAUGGUCCUUGCUUGGAUCCCUAUCCUGGUUAUACCCCAAUUGGGUCUGAAUCAGUUGAUGAUACUGCAUAUGAAGAACUUCCGGGAGGAGAGCAAGUUUGUCCUGAGAGACAUGUCAGUGUAUUUUCAAAAAUAUUUUUUUCCUGGAUGAAUCCCAUAAUGAAGCUAGGCUACAAAAGGCCUCUCACAGAGAAAGAUGUCUGGAAAUUAGACUAUUGGGAACGAACUGAAACAUUGCACAAUAAGUUCCAGAAAUGUUGGGCUGAGGAAUCACAGAAGCCUAAACCUUGGCUUCUAAGAGCCUUAAAUUAUAGCCUUGGGGGAAGGUUUUGGUGGGGUGGCUUCUGGAAGGUAACGAGAGUAUGCAUUUGGAAAAGUGCAAUUGGCAACGAUCUUUCCCAAUUUGUCGGGCCACUCAUCUUAAAUAACCUCCUACAGUCAAUGCAACGGGGGGAUCCAGCAUGGAUUGGGUACAUCUAUGCCUUCUCAAUAUUUGUUGGAGUGGUUUUUGGUGUGUUAUGCGAAGCCCAGUAUUUUCAGAAUGUAAUGCGUGUUGGUUACCGGCUGAGGUCAACCUUGGUUGCCGCUGUAUUUCGUAAAUCGUUAAGGCUAACUCAUGAAGCUCGCAAGAAGUUUGCAUCUGGGAAAAUAACCAACUUGAUGACAACUGAUGCAGAAUCACUUCAGCAAAUAUGCCAAUCGCUUCACACUUUGUGGUCUGCUCCAUUUCGUAUUGUUAUCUCUAUGGUUCUUCUUUACCGGCAAUUGGGUGUUGCUUCGCUUCUUGGUGCAUUAUUGCUAGUUCUUUUGUUCCCCGUACAGACAUUGGUGAUAAGCAGAAUGCAGAAAUUGUCUAAGGAGGGGUUGCAACGUCAAGACAAGAGAAUUGGUCUGAUGAACGAAAUUUUGGCUGCCAUGGACACUGUGAAGUGUUAUGCAUGGGAAGAUAGUUUCCAAUCAAAAGUACAAAGUGUUCGGACUGAAGAAUUAUCUUGGUUUCGUAAAGCAUCACUACUAGCAGCGUGCAAUGGAUUUAUACUAAAUAGUAUCCCAGUUGUGGUGACCGUGGUUUCAUUUGGAUUGUUCACUUUUCUUGGGGGAGAUCUAACACCUGCAAGAGCUUUUACUGCCAUUUCUCUAUUUGCUGUGCUUCGCUUUCCACUAUUCAUGCUUCCUAAUAUAAUAACUCAGGUGGUUAAUGCAAAUGUAUCCUUAAAGCGUCUAGAAGAGCUACUCUCAGCUGAAGAGAGAAUUCUUCUACCAAACCCACCUCUAGAUCCAGGCUUUCCAGCCAUCUCAAUCAAGAAUGGAAGCUUUUCAUGGGAUGCAAAGGCGGAGAGCCCUACAUUGUCAGAUGUCAAUUUGGAUAUACCCGUUGGUAGCUUAGUUGCAAUUGUUGGCAGUACUGGAGAAGGGAAGACAUCACUUAUUUCUGCAAUGCUUGGGGAGCUUCCUGCAAUCUCAAAUGCUAGAGUUGUUGUGAGAGGAACAGUUGCGUAUGUCCCACAAGUUUCAUGGAUUUUCAACGCAACAGUACGCGAUAAUAUUUUAUUUGGAUCUGCUUUUCAAUCAGCAAGAUAUGAGAAGGCAAUUGAUGUGACUGCAUUGCGGCAUGACCUUGACCUACUACCUGGAGGUGAUCUUACAGAGAUUGGUGAGAGAGGUGUCAACAUUAGUGGUGGGCAAAAGCAAAGAGUUUCCAUGGCCAGGGCUGUGUACUCUGAUUCUGACGUGUACGUCUUUGAUGACCCUUUAAGUGCACUGGAUGCUCACGUGGCUCGACAGGUUUUCGAUAAAUGCAUUAAGGGAGAACUAAGAGGGAAGACUAGAGUCCUUGUUACAAAUCAGCUGCAUUUUCUCUCACAAGUUGAUAGAAUCGUUCUGGUCCAUGAAGGUAUGGUGAAAGAGGAGGGAACAUUUGAGGAGCUCUCUAGUAAUGGCAUACUGUUCCAAAAGCUAAUGGAAAAUGCAGGAAAGAUGGAAGAGUUUGAGGAACAAAAGGAAGAGGAUGAUAUUGAUAAUAAGACCUCUUCGAAACCUAUUGCAAACGGGGUUGUUAAUGACUUUUCAAAGAAUGCAAACCAUACAAAUAAACGGAAAGAAGGAAAAUCUGUUCUUAUUAAGCAGGAAGAGCGGGAAACAGGUGUUGUCAGUAUGAAUGUCUUGAAUAGGUACAAGGAUGCAUUAGGAGGCCUAUGGGUGGUUUGUAUACUCUUUACAUGCUAUGUCUUGACUGAAUCUCUGCGAGUUUCAAGUAGCACGUGGUUAAGCCAUUGGACUGAUGCAGGCAUGUCAAUGGGUUACAAUCCUGGUUACUAUAACCUGAUAUAUGCAGCUUUAUCAUUUGGCCAGGUUUUGGUGACAUUGGCGAAUUCUUAUUGGUUGGUCAUAUCAAGUCUUUAUGCUGCCAAAAGGUUGCAUGAUGCCAUGCUUACUGCCAUAUUAAGAGCACCAAUGGUCUUCUUCCAAACCAAUCCGCUUGGACGCAUUAUCAAUAGAUUUGCAAAGGACCUAGGAGACAUUGAUCGGAAUGUUGCACCAUUUGUGACUAUGUUUCUUGGCCAGAUGUCACAGCUUUUUUCCACUUUCAUCUUGAUAGGAAUUGUGAGCACCAUGUCUUUAUGGGCCAUAAUGCCACUUUUGGUUUUGUUUUAUGCGGCCUACCUAUACUACCAGAGCACAGCACGAGAAGUAAAGCGCUUAGAUUCGAUCAGCAGAUCUCCUGUUUAUGCCCAAUUUGGAGAAGCACUGAAUGGUUUGUCAACUAUUCGAGCAUACAAAGCUUAUGAUCGGAUGGCAGACAUCAAUGGGAAAUCUGUGGACAACAGCAUUAGAUUUACCCUUGUGAACAUCAGUGGAAACCGCUGGCUUGCCAUCCGUUUGGAAACAUUGGGAGGCCUCAUGAUAUGGUUUACUGCAACCUUCGCUGUAAUGCAGAAUGGGAGGGCAGAAAACCAGCAGGCAUUUGCAUCCACCAUGGGUCUUCUUCUUAGUUAUGCUUUAAACAUUACGGGCUUGUUGACUGGUGUACUGAGACUUGCAAGUCUGGCUGAGAAUAGUUUAAAUGCAGUUGAGCGGGUUGGCACAUAUAUAGAUUUGCCUCCAGAGGCGCCACCUAUUAUUGAGAGCAACCGCCCCCCUCCUGCAUGGCCUUCAUCUGGAUCCAUCAAGUUUGAGGAUGUUGUUCUACGUUAUAGGCCUGAACUUCCUCCAGUCCUGCAUGGAUUGUCUUUCACAAUUUUUCCAACUGACAAGGUGGGAAUUGUUGGAAGGACUGGGGCAGGGAAAUCUAGCAUGCUCAAUGCUUUAUUUCGCAUUGUAGAACUGGAAAGAGGUAGAAUUUUGAUUGAUGAUUAUGACAUUGCAAAGUUUGGACUCAGAGAUCUACGUAAAGUUCUUGGAAUCAUACCACAGUCACCAGUUCUCUUUUCAGGAUCUGUGAGAUUUAAUCUUGAUCCUUUCAAUGAACACAAUGAUGCUGACCUUUGGGAGGCAUUAGAGAGGGCACACUUGAAGGAUGUUAUCAGAAGGAAUUCUUUUGGUCUGGAUGCUGAGGUUUCGGAAGCAGGGGAGAAUUUCAGUGUUGGACAGAGGCAACUAUUGAGUCUUGCUCGAGCACUGUUGCGGAGAUCAAAGAUACUGGUUCUUGAUGAGGCUACCGCAGCUGUUGAUGUUAGAACUGAUGCUCUUAUUCAGAAAACUAUUCGAGAAGAAUUUAAAUCAUGUACAAUGCUUAUUAUUGCUCAUAGACUGAAUACCAUUAUCGACUGUGACAGGAUAAUUCUGCUUGAUGCUGGUCAGGUUCUAGAAUAUGAUACUCCUGAGGAACUUCUGUCAAAUGAAGGAAGUGCUUUCUCGAAGAUGGUUCAAAGUACAGGGGCUGCAAAUGCUCAAUACUUACGUAGCUUAGUACUUGGAGGGGAAGGAGAAAACAAGAUGGGAAAAGGAGAGAAGAAGGCAGUAGAUGGACAGAGGAGAUGGCUGGCCUCUUCUCGAUGGGCUGCUGCCGCCCAGUUUGCCCUUGCUGUUAGCCUCACCUCGUCACAGAAUGACCUUCAACGUCUGGAAAUCGAAGAUGAGAACAGCAUCCUGAAGAAAACAAAGGAUGCAGUAAUAACUCUACGGGGAGUUUUGGAAGGAAAGCACGACAAAGUAAUUGAAGAAUCGCUUGAUCAAUACCAGGUCUCUAGAGAUGGAUGGUGGUCAUCUCUUUACCGGAUGGUUGAAGGUCUUUCUGUGAUGAGCAGGUUAGCUCGGAACAGGCUUCAACAAUCAGAAUAUGAUAUUGAUGAAAGAUCUAUAGACUGGGACCAUAUUGAAAUGUAGGGCACACUGUCUCUCUGUUUUAGUUAACAGGCUUCAUAGUCCUACCUAGGACUAUGCAUUCACACAGUAGUGAGUGCUGCAACCUCUAUAUUUUUUGUAAUGCACCUCUCAGACCUGUUCAAACUAAAUAUAAAUAGCGAUAGAAAUGCGGGACAUUAUACACUAUUUUUGUACACCUGACUAGAAGCUGGUCUUAGACCAUAUGUUAAAUUUGUCCUGACCUUAUGUACA